CCGGCUAUGAGAACACAUGAAUGGGAAAGACAACUGCAUCCAUUUCUCAUGUUCAGCAGAGAGGUGGUAGAAAGCGCGUAUGAAGAAGACUUCGUAUGUAAUCGCACUGCGUAACAUUCGAGAAAAAAAUAAUUGUUCGAAAAUGUGUGAUACUCUGCGCAUCACAGAUAUCAGACCUACCCUACCGUCUCAUUCCACAUGUACCGAAGGCCAUGGAAUCAUUGCUGCCAAUAUGCAGGAAGUGUGACUGGAAACUUCGUAGAACUUGUUUUUAGUGGUUAUGUUAUGUAGGAAAACAGUUUAUGUAUCAAGGCUAAUAUGAAAUUUUAUUUCUGUCAAGCCUAAUGUUUAGUCUCAGACAACGUUACUGCGAUAUACUUUCAGGUCCACAUUCUGUGGGCAUGAGCAGUUUCCAUGCUGUUAUGGCAGGUAUUGCUCAAUGAGGACCAAAAAUUUCGUUCUGUUUCUUAUAUGUGUUGUGGCCACCAGUAUAUUCCUCAUUCUGGUAGGCAAUCAGCGCCCUUCAAUCCAGACACUUGUGACAGAAACUCACAAGCAGCUGAACAAUCUAAAGAAUUUCAAGGAGAAUCUGGAAAAUGCAGAAGAAAAGAGGUUCUUAGCAGAUGACAAGUAUCUUACUUUGUUAGGAUUUACUGAACAUCCACGACUUUAUCCAGCAGCAAUUUGGAAAAACACUUCUCUUCCCAUAAUUGUCACUUAUCUUCAGGGGCACUGUAACAGUAGUCGAUGCAGUGUUAUAAAUUUUGAACUCAGUUUCUUUCCUUCGCAUGUUGAAGAGGAAAGGCUACAUGCAUUUCGUCCACUUAUAAUUCAGGAUGCUUUGAACAAGGCUGGUGCUGUCCUGUUUCUGGAGUCUGACCAGCGCCUUGUUACUGGACACCUGGAGCCUUUGAUUCAACAGGCUUUAGGAGGUGCAGGAGUGGUCAGUUGGGCCACUCACUAUGCCACCUCUUCCCUCACUCAUCCAAAGAUGUUUGAUUACUUCCAAACCAAAGUUGACAGCUUCUUUUUCCUGCCCAUGGUUGAAUCAACAGUGCUGCUGUUCUACAACUUACCUGGUGUCCAUAAUGGUCUCAUGCUGCCAUGGGUUCAGUGUGCCCUUACACCAGAUUGUAUACUCCCAAUUGGUGCACAAUCCGGUGGUUGCCGUUUCAACAAAAAGCCACAGUAUCGUUACUCAGGAUGCCAUCGGUAUGAUGGUUCUGCUCUCAAUAUUGUCCUUGGCCUUAAAUUUGGAUUUGAUGAAGGAAAGUAUACAUACAGAGGUCAUACAGAGAAAUUCUUCAGGAAAGUGGGACCAGAUAUUAUUGCAGCAGAGAUGGCAGGAUUGGAGGGAAAUGCUACUGAGUCAACGGUUAUGACCAGGGAUGGCAUCUGAGAAAUCUCACCAAACAGGUUCACCAGGAAUGUCAGGUCCAAGCCUCAUGGUUGGCAAUGUGAUGCAGUAGAAUCUCUGUGUGGGAAUGGGCACUCAAUACUGUUGGAAUUAGAACCCCCAUCAGUGUUAGUUCCAAGAGAAAUGUAUGUUUGAAGUAGCUCAGUUGAACGUUUGUAAUCCGUCAGAGUUUGGUCCAGUGAUACUUCAUUCAUGUGGAGGAUAGCUUGAGAGCAGCACUGAAGCCAGGAAUGCUUCGAAGAUAAACAUAUUUUUUUUAUGUAGCAGCUUCUUAGUGAUGGAUUAGUUACGCAGGUUUUAGGUGUCAGUGAAACAUUAACUGAUGAGAAAAUAUGAGUAAUAUAUUUGAAACACUGAAACAAGGUACAGAACAGUUCUCACUGCAAAGAUUGCUAACUAUAUGCAGAAUUUCAUUCAUAUUAUUAAAAUGCUUGGGCCUUCAUUUCUGGUAAGAAACAUUUUAGCUUUUGGGGGUUCAUGAAGUUUGAGUGUGGAAUAAAAUGUGAUAACUUGCCUGAAAACUGAUCUGUUUAAACCACAGAGGACUUUCUUUCCUUAGAAGGGUCACUGAAUCCCCGGACAGCACGUAUGUUUAUGCACUUUUUCAAAGUGCAAAUUGGAACUAUGGAAAUUUUUUCUCGAGGAAGAAGUGAAUAUUCUAAAAGUUGUGAUUCCCAACGUUCAAUUUUGAGAAAGCUGUAAUAUUCUGUCUUGUGGCCUGCAUUUGCCAGAGAUUCAGUUUAGAUUCCAUAAUUUGACUGUUUUCAGUUUAAGGUUGUGAGUUCAUAGUUUUGUAUUAAUUUCUAUAUAAUUAUAAUAGGUACUACUUGCAAAAUUGUUUUCUUUGGAAAGUGUCAAAAUUUUGUGACUAGAUUUACUUUCCUGACCAUCAGAUAACAUGACAUUUCACACAAUCUGUGUUGAUCUGGUUUAAAUUCACUAGAAAAUGUAUUAGUAACAUAGGAUGAAGUGCCACUCUGUCUUCCUAAGAUAGGUAAGAGUGAUCAGAUGUUACUUCAUGGACCUUUGUCUUUGUUUCACUGAGCUUAUAGGAAAUGCUUACUAAUCUCUUGUUAAGCAUGAAGACAGAAUUUACAAAUUCAGUACUUCAUGUAAGAAUUUGUAUACAUGCUACAAUCACGUGAUGCAAAGAAAUUAUUUUCUGUACAUAACAUAUAUACCAUAUAUAUAUAUAUAAUGUAAUUUAUUUUUACAGCCUGCUUUGAUUUAGGGUGUGUAGGAAGUUCAUUUUGUAAUUUUAAUGUAACUUUUUUUUGUUAUAAGAAGGAAUAUAUAAAGUAGUUCAGAUACAAACCAGUAGAAGCAGUAAAUGUAUGUUGCUUAGCCUUUCUAUCUUACUCGAUAGCUCUGUUGCCAUGAUAUCUGUUUGGCAACAACAGUAACAUCUUGUGUCAAAAUUAACCCACUGGCUGAAACAUACUGAAUUAUUGGUUUUGAUUCUUGCUUCUGAUAGAAAGAAAUAAUAAAGGAUGCCUUUGUAAACUUAAUUCCUAUAAAAUGAAUGAAUAAUGAGCUUAAAAUUGUGUGAGGCCAAAGCAAAUUAUAUUUUUAUUUAUGAUUUUCUGGUGAAGAGACAAAUUAAUUUUAGCUUCUUUAAAAUGAAUAAUUACAUCUUCAGUUGUCCUUUAUCAUUACUUACUUACUUACUUACUUACUUACUCAUGGAGCUGAGCCCUUCUUGAGGAGCUGUCAAUUCUGC